AAUUGGAUGAGAAUUGGGUAAAGCGGAGACUCAAAUGGGUGAACUCGGAUCCAAAGUCACUUUUUUGGGUUUGAAACUAAUUUAAAGAUAAAAAUAAAGGGGAGGAAGAGGGACCAAAAAAUUCAUUCGACCGUAACUUUUUACGAGAGAAAACCGCCGAGAGGGAGGAGAGCGAGAGCUAGGGUUUCCUCGCCGGUUAAACGCCUCCAUCGUCGGCGUUUACGGGCGAGUCGCAGCACCCCACCACUCGGAGAAAGCACGGCCAGGCUGGUUGUCCAUCUGUUAAUCGCACCAAACCAAGCACAACGGAGCUCGAUUUUGAACGGAUCUUCGAGGAUUUGAUUGUAUUACUGGGCUUGAUCUUUGGAGAGUCCACACAAAUUGAUGAUGGGCAACGUAUGGGAAACAACAGUGACAAAAACAAACUCAAAGGAGAAUAGAGACCCGACGAAAAUAUUAUGUCAGCGUGGCAAAAGGAUACGAGUCUGAUGAUUUCAAGAAAAAAUAUGAACAAGAAAUAUAUGUUAGUGAGGAGCAGAAAUAUAUGUUAGUGCAAAACAGGAUACGAUAGAGCAGAGAUUGUUUGGAGAUCAUUUUCCCUGUAGAUGACGGAGCUGACAAUGAUGGAAGUGCACCGAUAUGUUAGUUAAUAGUUUAAAUUUUUAAUGUACAAUAAUAGACAUUAUUAUUGAGAGGUGUGAAAAGUACAUGAAGUUUUAUUUUGUUUUAUGGAAAAUAUUGAAACUCUUGUUUUGCGAAAUAUAUGUGUUUGAGUAUGUUUGAGUAUCCUUGCUACAUUUGAUAGUUAAGUUGUGCUUUGCAACGGAAAAUCCGUUGCAGAAAUGAAUUUGCAACAAUGGUUUUUGCAACGGCAAAUGUGCAACGGAAAAGCUGUUGCAAUCAUCAUCAGCAACGGAAUAAUACAAAAAUUGCAACAGAAAUUGCUGUUGCAAUUCCGUCUAAUUCUUGUAGUGAGGGUUGGGAUCACAGCCGAGCAAUUCAAGGAGGUCCUGGCUGCACUCACACCCAAUCGCGAGAUUGUGGUGGAAGAUGUAGCUGGGGGACCCACAGGCGGGAAGGCCGGACCUGCUGGCUCCCAAGGGAAAAAGAAGAAAGUGAGGCGGUCCCAGAAGAAGAAGGCGACCAAGCCCAAUGGGAAGGCGGUGAUGGCGGAUGCGCUUUCCAGGCUGGACGAAGAGGACGAGUCGUCCUCCUUCGAGCGGAUGUCUGCUUUUGACCGUUUGGGAGAUCCCAAAUCAAAGAAACUUCGGACCUCUGCGUUCGAACGGUUGCAAGACACUCAGUCGGCCCGAAAGGGCGACUUGAGGGACACGCUCAAGGAGAAAAGAGGGGAGUCCACAGCGACCUCCAAGAUCGGUUCUGAAGAGCGACGGAUGAUGGUCGAGGACAAGGGCGCAGCCGAGCUGUGGAGAAUGUACGAACAACUGGAGAAGCGGUUGGACGCCCAGAACCCCUACCACCAGGCGGUCUUCAGUGAGGUAACGCCCUUCUCCGGGAGGAUAAUGUCUUGUCCUCUCCCGGAUAAUUUCAGAACUCCCCAAAUCAAGGCGUACAACGGGACGACUGAUCCCCAGGACCAUCUCGCUCGCUUUGGGGCAAACGUGGUCAUGUAUGCAUACCCAGAAGAAAUCAAGUGUCGAUGUUUCCUGGCGACACUGGAAGGGCAGGCUUGUGAGUGGUUUCACAAGUUACCCAAGGGGUCGAUAGAUAAGUGGAGCGACCUGGCCCACAAGUUCUUGGAGCACUUCGCAUCCAACCAGAGACAAAAGCUCCCCUUCUCGCAUCUGCUCAAUGUGAUCCGGAAGGGGGAACAGCUCCGGGAGUUCAUCAAUAGGUGGGAGAAGGAGGCUAGGGACGUCCAAGGGGCGGACGAUCAAGCCCUGAUCGCCAUGCUCCAAGCUGCACUCCCCCAAGGGGAUGCGCGUAAGGAGCUGCGACUUAAUCCUCUUUCGACCUAUCAAGAGAUGUUGGCCAGGGCGAAGUACCUGGCGUUGGAAGAAGAAGAUGAUGAGCCACCAGUCCGGAAGGAGAAGAAAAGCGGGCCGCCAGUGGCAGAAGGAAAGAAAAGGAAGGACUAUGGUAAGGGGCCGAACCCCACCGGGUAUCACGCGAACAGGCAUCCUGUUCAUGCGGUACAGUCGUUGCCUGCCCCUCCUCAUAGUCGGGAAAGCUAUGGCGUGCAAGAUGCACCCAAAUACUGCGAGUACCACCGUAACAGCACCCAUAACACAUCGGAGUGCGUUACGUUAAAGAAGGAGAUGGAUCAGCUGAUCGCUAGAGGGCCGCCUCCUCGGUCGGAGCGACCGUCCUCAAGUAACCGGACCUGGAAGAGGCCGCCAACCCCCACGGCAGCAAUCACAGCAGGAGAAGGGCAAGAAGAUGGACGGCGGCAUCUAGGGCGAGAAUGCGACGAUCUAGAUGAGGAGGAGAGGCAAGGUCGCCGACACCUGGGGUGUCGGUUCAUCAUGGGAGGAAACACUGGAGGAGAUUCGGUAUCCUCCCGGAAGAAGUGGAAGAACAUGGUGUACCUGGCCGAGGUACAAAGGCCGCCGCUGCCUAAGCGGAAGAAGAAGGAGCCUCUGAUCUUUACAGACGAGGAUUAUCCCCCAGUCCUUAGCCCUCACAGGGACGCUCUGGUGAUAAAGGUAGAGAUCAAUAAUGUGGUUGUUCACCGAACUUUGGUCGAUACGGGCAGCUCGGUCAACGUUAUGUACAGCAACACCUUUAAGGAGUUGGGGUUGUCCCGAAGUGACCUAAAACCAAUCCAUACGCCGCUAUCAGGGUUCACAGGGGAUACGAUCGAAGCUGAAGUCACUAUCACGGUGAAGGCCGGGGUAGGAGAUGGCACCCACCGACUCUGGGUCGACAUGGAAUUUAUGGUAGUGCAGCUCGACUGUGCACACCAUUUGAUUCUGGGACGACCAGGGUUGGAGGACCUGGAGUGCGUAAUCUCCCCCGUCCACUUAUGCCUAAAGUUCAACACUCCCACAGGGGUGGGGGUAGCAAAGGGAAACCAAAGCUUGUCACGGUCGUGCUACGUUAGGGCGACCAAGAGCCAAGCCCGGGUCGACGAGAAUGUGAGUACGAUCUGCGCCGCAAUCCAGCAGGAGGAAGGGCGACCACGAGCUGAGCCGGCGGAGGAGGUCGAGGAAGUUUCUUUGGACCCGGUCGAACCAGAGCGGAAGGUGAAGAUAGAGUUUAAGCCAAGACCGGCGAUAAAGGGGCAGGCGUUAGCCGAUUUUGUGGUAGAGUGCACAGCAAGAGAGGUGGAGUCUAGUGGAGGAGAACCCGAAGGGAACUGGUGGACGGUAUACACUGAUGGUUCGUCCGCGACUGAUGCUUCCGGGGGAGGUGUCGUGGCGAUAUCACCGGAAGGGUUCAAAGCAUAUUUCUCCGUUAGAUUCCAGUUUAAAGUCUCAAACAAUGAGGCUGAAUACGAGGCUCUGCUUUGCGGUUUGAGGCUAGCAGCUUCAUUAAAAGCUGAACGAAUUCAAGUCCGGUGCGACUCCAAGCUAAUAGUAGGUCAUGUCACUGGAGAAUUUGAGGCCAAGGAUGAGCCAAUGAAGAAGUAUAGAGACAUCGCCCUGGAAUUGCUCAAAGCAUUUGGAGCGUACCGGAUAGAGCAGGUACCUCGAGAAGAGAAUGCUGAGGCGGACAUCUUGUCAAAGCUGGGCCCGGAUUCUCCAGAUCAUAUCAAGACAAUGACCCAGGAAGAAGAAUUACUCGAACCAAGCAUCAGUCUCGGACGAGUAUUGGUCAUCACACACAAGGAGCUAGCGGACUGGAUUGAUGAGAUUACCAUGUACCUCCUUGAUGGGUCGCUACCUACCGACCCAAUCACGGCGAAAGUGGUAAAGCGGCGUGCACCCAGUUACACAUUGGAGUGCGGUCGAUUAUACAAACGGUCGUACAAUGGUACAUUGCUAAGGUGCUUAAGAGCGGGCGAAGCACAGAAGUUAAUGGAGGAAAUCCAUGAAGGAAUAUGCUCAGCACAUCAGGGAGCCUUCACGAUGUCCAGGAAAGUAACCCUACAAGGAUACUUCUGGCCAACGAUUAUUAGAGAUUGUGCAGAGUAUGUGCGCAAAUGCAAGGUCUGCCAGGAGUUCCAGAGGGUGCCGGGGCGACCGGCGACGAAUUAUACCCCGAUCAGUACGGCAAUUCCCUUUGCCCAGUGGGGCAUUGAUCUAGUUGGCAUUUUUCCUAGAGGGACAGGGAACAACACAUACCUGGUGGUCGCGAUUGAUUACUUUACCAAGUGGGUCGAGGCCGCUCCCGUGCCGACCAUCACUGCAGAACAGAUGACGAAGUUCGUUUCUAAGCAAAUCUUGUGCCGAUUCAGGGUGCCCCAGAAGAUCAUCACCGACAAUGGAACCCAAUUCGAGGCCAGAGGGUUCAAUGAGUUUCUACAGAGCUGGGGCAUAAAGCACAGCUAUGUAGUGGUCGGGUACCCCCAGACCAAUGGACAAGUCGAGAACACCAAUCGUACCAUCGUGGACGAGAACUUGGGGGCAGAGCUGCACCUCAUUGAUGAGCGAAGAGAAAGGGCAUACAUACGGGCAGAAAACUACCGCCGGCAAGUCAAGUCAUAUCACGACCAGCGGGUGCGACCAAGGCAGUUCAAGGUUGGCGACUGGGUCCUUCGAGAGAGGGAGGUCAGUCAGCCGACCGAUGGAGGGAAGUUUGCUAAAAGCUUCGAGGGGCCAUAUAUCAUAAAGGAGGUGUUGGCUGAUGGGACAUUUAGAUUGCAGACUCCAGCCGGUGGCGACGUUCCGCGAGGAAUGGAGGGGGCAUGGAGCAUCCCAAUCAAUCCGCCCGUUAGGCAGGCGGUUGGCGGAGAGGGUUUGGUGGUAGUGGCGGCGGUUUUACCGGUGGCCACUGUCGGCGAGGCAACCGGCGGCAAAAUUCGUAAGGGUCUAGCCCCCCAGUCAUUAGAAUUGACUGACCUGGGGGAGGAGGCAGGCUCCGGCGAAGAAGGAGCCGGCCCGUCGGAAAGGUUCAGAGAAACAGGAAUUCCUUCAGAAAUGGCAAUAAUGAAGAAAGGGAAAAUAUUGGGCGAGGGAACAAAAUGAAGGUUAGGGGGGCUUAUAAAUAGGCCCAGGCUAAGGAACCGAAGAGACGGUCAAGUCUCAAGGCAGCUGAACCGAUAAAGCAGCUUUGAGCCG